ACAGGCCAGCAUGUCGCCGGCGUGCGGCUAGAAGAGAUACAGAUUGACCUCUUCGAGUCGUAGGCCCAACAGUACGCGCGCACACGGGUCUGCCUACGCAGCGAUAGCGCGCCGAGAUGUUCCAGUCUAGUGUGAAGCUCUGCGUCCGCUGCUCUGGGGUAUGCCUUCACUGACAGCAAUCCGACUCCCUGUUGCCGCUAUCACUGGUUCCGGCAUCUCAGGACACGGUCCCAGGACAGGUGGCAACGUCGCGGGGAGUGGGUGCGCGAGCAGGGGGAAGGGGGGAGAUUCAGACAACAAGGCGAUACGCGCGGACGCAGAC